CUUCCCUGGCAUGUGCCUGCAUAAGCUAUUUCCACAGCGUCCUGGCCGCGAGAGGGGUGGUGCUUGGGAGGUUAGAGGGAGACACCUAGAGUGAACGGCAAAAUGGAGCGCGGAAUACUGUCUGGCUGUGCACGUGGAGGUGGCGAAAUGUGGAAGCUUAACGAAGUUGGCGCCAUGAAGCUAAAAGACAGCUACCCCAGGCCUCUAGCUCGCUCCGCCUAAUGGCGGGCCGCACCCCGCCGGCGAAGCUCACGUUUGUAGGUCCGCCCUCACGCUGAUCUCUUGCCCAAUCAGCGAGUUCGGCUUCGCGAGGUUGGUGCCCAUUGGCUUUCGCAUAAAAGCUCGGAGGUUACAGACGUUUCCACCUCUUGCCGGCCUCUUAGGUAAUUGGCGUCCGUGGUAACCAAUCAGGAAGAGGAUCUGCGGGAACGCCGGCCUUUUACUUUCUUGAGUGGCCAAUCCGGUUGUAGGCUCACCUCCCCCCUCUACCCAGAGCCACUGCUGCGGCCGCCGCCAUUUUAGCGUUUUGUCAGAAGCGUCCGCGCCGCGAGGAGGAGGCCCUUCUGGUUUCUGUGCGGGCUCUUGUCAGGAUGGUGAAGCUGUUCAUCGGAAACCUGCCCCGGGAGGCUACAGAGCAGGAGAUUCGCUCACUCUUCGAGCAGUAUGGGAAGGUGCUGGAAUGUGACAUCAUUAAGAAUUACGGCUUUGUGCACAUAGAAGACAAAACUGCAGCUGAAGAUGCCAUACGCAACCUGCACCAUUACAAGCUUCAUGGGGUGAACAUCAACGUGGAAGCCAGCAAGAAUAAGAGCAAAACCUCAACAAAGUUGCAUGUGGGCAACAUCAGUCCCACCUGCACCAAUAAGGAGCUUCGAGCCAAGUUUGAGGAGUAUGGUCCGGUCAUUGAAUGUGACAUCGUGAAAGAUUAUGCCUUCGUACACAUGGAACGGGCAGAGGAUGCAGUGGAGGCCAUCAGGGGCCUUGAUAACACAGAGUUUCAAGGCAAGAUAACCCCUGUGACAGAAGGCUACUGUUGGUGUAACAAAGGGCAUACAUACAUUUUCAAGAACUGCAAUUUAAUUUUGGGGUCCAGGAAAAGCAGAAGAUGCUGAGAUGUCACAUAUGGCAAAUUGCACUAUUCUAAAUGUAUUUUGUUUUAAUCUUUCACAGUAAACAAGCUUUCAGAAAUGAUGUUCACAAGGGGUAGGGUAUCAAGGAGCAGCCAGUCAUUCACCCAAUUCCAACACACCUACAUGUCACACUGUCACAGAGUGAGAGCCACAGUUCCAGUAGUUCCCCUAAUGACCAAAUCUCCCUUGCCAAAUCAAAAGAAGAAAUCACUUCUACAAUUCUCUAAUCCUUCUAUUGAUGAUGGGAACUCCAGACACCAAUGGCUGGGGGAAAAAAAAAGUUAACUCACACCAAGUUCCUCUACUUAUUACAGACAAAGGGCCAAAUCUUGGUCUUGAUCUGUGCCAAUCGACUUCAAAAGUUGUGACGUUCUUGGAUCAUUUCUGCUAGGGUGAGACCCGAAUUUGGAUCCCCAACAGUUGUGGAGUAUUUCAUCCUGGCAGCCUCAUUAACAUCAGGCUCCUGGGACUGCAACCAACUCAGGGUUAUUCAGUCCAUUUGAGGUUCACACCUGGAAGGUAAGUUUCUUUAAAAGUCAUCGCUAAAAAGAGGUUAGUUGAACAACCACUGCUUGCAGUCAAAAUUCAUUUUAAAAUGUCCUAGCAAUACCUUUUGAAGACCACAAUAUAUGAAUUUAAUAUUUAACUUUGAAACAUAAGAGACAGGUUAUCUGAUAGAUUUACACCACCUUACUUCGGAAGCAUAUCCCACCUCAUGCUAGAUCCAGCUGCAUUAAAAGUAAAAAUUAAUGGCAAACUAUAAAUUUUAAGAUCAUUUGCUUCACACAUAAACACAGACUAGCUGCAUGGUGGUCUCAAGAGAUCUUAAGUCUUGCUGACAUGCAUAUAGGGUACAACUUAUUACAGGUUCAUAACAUUUGCUUCUCAAUUCACAUAAAAGAGCAAAUUCCUAUGGCUUUGCUUUUUAAUUUUUUUUUUUUUUUUUUUUCAAGAGAAAGAGGAGCCACUCUGUUGCCCAGGCUGGAGUGCGGUGGCUAACUGCAGUCUCCCACUCCUGGGCUCAAGGGAUCCUCCAGCCUCAGCUUCCUGAAUAGCUGGGACUACAUGCACGAGCCACUGUACACAGUUGCUUUGUUAUCUUCUACAUAUAUACCAAAGGGAUAAGUUAGGAACAUCAGAAACUCAGUAGUAACUCACUUUAACCUUGCUUCUGGGGCUCCAAUUCAAGUGAUGCUCAAUUUCAAGGUACAAGGAAAACCAUGAGAAUAUAAAGUUGUCAUAAUGCCAUUUCCACUCAGAUGAAAAGAUUUAUCUAUCUUUAGAUACUCAAAAUUAUUCUUGGCAUUUUAGCACUUUUGGUACACAUUUCCUGAUGUAGGAAAUAGUAAAAUUUCAGAGCCUAUGGCAUUGGCUUUCACCACCUAUGCAAUUUUCUACACAUCUGAAAAUUACCAGUUUAUCUAACCCCUUAAAUGUUCCUCUCUUCAACAACAAAAAACACAAAACAAAAAUUGCUGGAAGAAACAGGAAGCAUCCAGGUCUAAAUGACAGCAUAACAGGCUAUGAAGAAACAGGGCUUAAGUGCCCAUAUAGAACAAGAUAGUCUAGAUUAUUAAUAAGGAUUCCAUGGGACAGAACAUCAAAACAUUCAGCUUUCAAGUAAAUGUCUUGGAAGUAAACAUUUAAAAUUUAUAGGACUUCCUCUGGCAUGUAGGUAUGAUAUUAGAAGAGUUUCCUUUGACAAAGGACAGUGACCCAAGAAGUAGAUUUUUUUGUUUUUGUUUUUAAAAGGAGAGAAAGGGUCUCACUCUUGUUGCCCAGGCUGGAAUACAGUGGUGUGAUCAUAGCUCACUGCAGCCUCUUUUAACUCUUGGGCUCAAGUGAUCCUUCCAACCUCAGCAUUCUGAGUAGCUGGGAUCACAAGUGCUCCCCAUCACACCCUGCUAAUUUAAUUUUCUUUGUAGAGACAGGGUCUUGCUAUGUUGCCUAGGCUGGUCUUGAUCUCCUGGGCUCAAGUGAUCCUCCCUCCUCAGCCUCCCAGUGUUAGGAUUACAGGAGUGAGCCACUGCCUCUGCCUUCAAGUAGCAGUUUUAUUAGCGAACUAUAAGCCCAAAGUAAUAGUUAAAAUUCUCACUGUGAUAUUCAUUACCAAUCCCUGAAGCUGUACUCUUCAGCUUACCACUACAGUACUUCUGUAGUAGAGCGAGCAUGGGUUUUGGUAUCAGACAGGCCCGAGUUUGAAUUCUGAUUCUACCUUUCAUUUACCAAAUGACUUUGGGCAAAGUACUUAACCUCUCCGAGCUUUAGUUCCCUUCUCUGUAAAAGAAUAAAAUAUUUCAGUCUUAUCGUAUAGAUGAUAUACAGAGGGCACAUAACAAAUGUUAGAUCUCCCAAACGUUUUUCUGUAACCCAAAUAUGCUUACAGCUGAUUAAAGAAUGUUCUCACUAACAAA